AUGAGUAAGAAGCAGUGUUCUGAACCGCGUUCAUGCUCGGCAUUUGUUCCUCAUUUCGUUCAACCUUCAAGUGAAAUGAAUUUGUUUCAGAAAAUGCUGACAAUACUGACCAGCACUUUAUGUCAUGCACAACAGCAUAUCACUUUUCAGCAUUGUGGAGGGGCAGUCAUCCAGUCCUUGAUCGUCACCCCUUGCACCAGCGACCCUUGCGUGAUACCUGUGGGCACCCAGAUCAACAUUACUUUCGAGGUGGAGUCAAACCAGGACAGCGACAGGGUUCUGUUCGACCCCCGCGUGACUGUGCUGGGUGUACAGCUGCCCAUUCCAGGGGUCGAGAAGGAUGCUUGCCGCAGUGGAGCUGUCGUCUGCCCCGUGCACAAGGGCAAGCUCUUCGCGGGAACCAUCUCGGCCUACGUCUACAACUUUGUACCGUCGCUCACGGUGACCACAACAUGGAAGAUGGUAGGAGCACAAGGCAUCAUCGCCUGCGGUGCAACAAAUGUAACGAUAGUGAGGAAGUAAUGCCUUUAUUUUAAAUACCAACGAAUGAGGACAUAAAUGAACAGGAUGUGUAAAUGAAACACUUUAAC